GCCUCGGAUCAUUGUGUCGGUGCGCAGGGGAGCCGCUCGGUGUUUCUGCGCUGGAUGUGGAUCUCGGACGAUGGUUAUUAUUCCCGCACUUGAGACGCACGGAGCAGCGCGAAAGGCUUGAGAACCGCCUCAUCAUGAGACUCCACUGGGUCAUUGUCGCGUCGUAUUUCAAUUUGCUGCCACUCGCAGUGUGGUGCGAGCCAGUCAUCUCCCCCGGCGGGCCACACAUAGUCGUUCCCAAGAGGGGGAGGCUGGAGCUGCAUUGCCAUGACAAUGCAACGGCGUCUGGCGCCCCGUCCAAGCUGAGGUGGCAGAGGGAGAGGGCUCGCCGGCCGGAGGGGGAGGUGGAGGAGGGUGGAGUGGCCUACAUCAGGGUGCCGGCGGUGCAGGUCUACCACAUGGGUCGUUACGUGUGCGUCAACAACAGCACGCUGGAACACAGGUCCAUCUACGUAUAUGUGAAAGACCCCCAGAAUGCCUUCCAGCGCACCAUGGUGAACGUCAUCCUGGUGCGUGCUGGUGAGAACUGCACCAUCCCCUGUCUUGUGACCGACCCCGAGGUCUCGCGCCUCGCUUUAGAGACCUGCGACGGGCGACCUUUGCCCUCUGGCAUGAGUUUCCGCAGCCACCUCCAGCGAGGCGUCAUCAUCAGCAAUGUGAGGAAGGAGUACGAGGGCUGUUACGUCUGUGUGGGGCAGCUCGACGGGGUCAAAGUGACAUCGAGCCAAUACACUGUGGAUGUUCGACUAGUACCGGAGGCGCCUCCCACGGUCACGCUGUCCCAGAGAGACCCUGUUAUCCUGAGAAAAGGGGAGCAGUUUGAGAUCACCUGCAGCUCCACCAACGUCAACCCGGACAUCAGUCUUAAGUGGGAUUUCCCUUCGACAGCGCAUCCUGACGAGUCCCACAACUCACACAUCCUGCCCGGCUCCCGUGGUUACCAACGCGCCACCUCCCUCUUGAUCAGAGCCGUCAACCAGUCAGACUCAGGCUCGUACCGCUGCUUCGCCCUCAACGAGAGGGGCACCAGUGCCACGGCGCUCCAGCUGGAUGUCCGCGACCAGGGGUUCAUUACGAUGUUAGGAGACCCCAGUCCAGUCCAGGCUGAUGUUAAAGAGGGGGAGAGCCUGAGCCUCAGGGCAGAAUUUGAUGCCUAUCCUAAACCCGACUCGCUGUCCUGGUCUUACAACGGCAAACAGCUCCUGAACACAACGGAGCACGUUAUCACUAUCCACCGCCACAAGUACAGGUACGUCAGCGAGCUCAGACUGGUGAGAGUCCUCGGCUCUGAGGGAGGGAUCUACAAGUUCGCAGCCAGUCACAAGGAUGCUUUUGUCGAGCAUUCGUUCCACGUGUACGUCAACAGUAAGCCGGUCAUCAUUGCCCAGGAGGGGCCGGUUGAUGGACAGGUGCGCUGCAUUGCCGCAGGUUACCCGGUCCCUAAAAUCAGCUGGUACUUCUGCAAGCUGCCCCACACAAGGUGCUCACACCUGCCCAAUGCCACCCAAUGGGAGACCCCGGAGGUCUCCAUGGUUACGGAGUCUGCCUUCGGCAGGAGCGAGGUGGAGAGCCGGCUGAACGUGAGCAGCAAGGAGCACGCCCACUAUCACACCCUGGAGUGUGUGGCGAGCACGGAGGGGGAGGAGGCCUACACGCUGUUCUCCAUCAGCGAACGCGUCGUCCCCCAUAAACUCUUCACUCCUCUUCUGACGGGCAUGGUGGCCACAGGUAUCUUCCUCAGCCUUGUUCUGGUGGUGCUGCUCUAUAAAUACAUGCAGAAACCAAAGUUCCAAAUCCAGUGGAAGGUGAUCGAGAGUAUCCGUGGCAACAACUACAUAUAUAUUGACCCUACCCAGCUGCCGUAUGACUCAAAAUGGGAGUUUCCUCGACAGAAACUACGCUUCGGUAAAACCCUGGGCUCUGGGGCGUUUGGAAAGGUAGUGAGGGCCACAGCGUAUGGACUCUGCUCUGCUGAUACUGUUACAACCGUUGCCGUUAAGAUGCUCAAACCCAAUGCCCACUCGACGGAGAAGGAGGCGCUGAUGUCAGAGCUGAAGGUCCUCACUUACCUCGGAAACCACGUGAACAUCGUGAACCUCCUGGGGGCCUGCACUGUCGGAGGCCCGAUUCUGGUGAUCACAGAGUACUGUUGCUAUGGCGACCUCCUCAACUUCCUGCGCCGAAAAAGAGAGUCGUUCCUAAAUUCCCAAGUUGGCGACGGUUACUAUCGCAACGUCUCGAACCGAACGGAGCCCGUGAGCAGAGAUGAGCCUGGUACAGGAUAUAUGCCCAUGCGUCCCUCUGAGAAAGAGAGGUCCUCCCAGUCAGAAGACAUAGACGAGAUGUCCCUGGACGCCGAAGAUCUCCUCAGCUUUUCCUACCAGGUGGCCAAAGGAAUGGAGUACAUAACUUCCAAGAACUGCAUACACAGAGACCUUGCAGCCAGAAACAUUCUGCUGACUCACGGCAGGGUGGCAAAGAUCUGUGACUUCGGGUUGGCACGAGACAUCACAACUGAUGCCAGCUAUGUGCUCCGAGGCAAUGCUCGCCUGCCGGUCAAGUGGAUGUCUCCUGAGAGUAUCUUCGACUGUGUCUACACUUUCGAGAGUGAUGUGUGGUCCUACGGCAUCCUGCUCUGGGAAAUCUUCUCUCUGGGUAACAGCCCGUACCCUGGGAUGCAGGUGGGCUCAGCUUUUUAUAGGAUGAUUCAGGAGGGCCACAGGAUGAGCAGGCCGGAGUUCGCUCCCAUCGAGAUGUACGACAUGAUGUUGUCCUGUUGGAGCCACGAUCCUUUAAAAAGACCUUCCUUCAGGAAACUGGUGGAGAGGACAGAGCUGCUGUUGUCAGAAAAUACCAAGAAUGUGUACCUGAGACUCAGCAACAAUCCAGGUCAUCCAGAGCAGCAGAGGGCGCCAUCGCGGAGGCUGAGUUCAGUCUGCAGCACAACGGCCCCCACUCAGCCCCUACUGCAAAGCACUGCUGAUGUCUUCCUGGACUACGUCUGACACACACACACACACACACACACACACACACACACACACACACACACACACACACGUGCACAUACACACUGCUGUAAAACAUAAAUCCCCCUCCCUACCUCCCUGAUCAUUCUCUCCACGGAACGCACAAAGUACAGGAGUGAAAUGCACUCUGUAAACUACUAACAAAAGAUUCACUCAGACUAACUCAAACUCUGGCCUUCCUGCAUCACACACAUAUCACACUCAAACUCACACACAGAUAUAGAUACUGUAUAUAUACGACCCUGCACUGGGCUCUCAGUAUUGGCCCCUGUCUACCCUCCCCAUCGGUGUAUUGAUCUCUGUGGUAGGUAUUUCAGGUGCACGUCUAUAGAAAGCAGACUGCGGCACUAACCGCCCAUCAGACACAACAUCUCCCAUCAGCAACAGGAGGAGUUUUGGCUCCGACUUGAUUACAUCUUAAAAAUUCUUUAGGGAAAAAAACACAGACUGCAAGUACGAGUAAACACCUUGGACUGAAAAACAGAUGAGCAGAGUUUUUCCUCUGAUAACUGCAUUGCAAGAUAUUUUUCUUUGUCAGAUUUGUCUCCCGUUUAAUGGGAAUUACAAGACAUUUUGAAAAAUAUACUUGCUGAGAGAUAGAUUGAGAAGGUUGAUACCACUUUAACAUCUGCGCGUUAAGUAUGGAGGUAAAGCCACCUGCUAGCUCCUCUCAGUUCUAAUUAAAAUAUUUCUUGUUAGAAAAAUCUAUUACAAUUUGUGAUUUUAAUGGGGAGUUAUGUGUGGAAUUAUUUCUUGGCUGGAAGCAGUGACUGAUGCUGAUGCACAUCUUGUGUUGAGGUUUCAGAAAAGAGUUUGGUUGGGUUUAUUUUCCACCUGUGAUUUACUAAAAAAUAGAGAAAGCAUAGUGUAUGAGCCCUUUCUGCUGGUGUGCUAUUGUCUUACCUAAAUAACCUGAUAUCUUUCAUCAGGGCAAUAACUGACAGGCGCCCCCAUAGAAAGACAAUUCCUCAAUUUAAAUUUUUUCUCUGGGGGCUGGUGGUCAGAUUUUGUCGACAGACCUAAAUAAGCUAACUGAGUGCAGGCUGUGUCUUCAUAUCCACUGUACAGAUAUGACAGUGGUAUCUCUCAUCUCAUCGCAAUCUCGGCAUGAAGCUCACUUCCCAAAAUGUCAAACUGCGACCUUAAAAAUGUAUUAACUUACUGCAAGUGUCACUUGGUUAACAGAUACUGUCAGGUUGUCAUCCAGCCUGCCUUGAAAAAAAAAUAACCUUAUGCUACCCUCUUUUAUGAAACGAGCCAUGGCGAGGUGGCAUGCAAGUGAUAAUCUCAAAUGAAAAAAAUAAAGCCAUAAGUGACAGAAACACUGACUCCCACCUGUGAGUUAAAGCUUUGAAUACUGUGACUUGACUGACUGGUGUAUCGCUGUUAUGUAUUUUAGGGCUAGCUUUAGUUUAGUCUCAUUAGCAAAGCCACUGUGGCCAGGUGUUUAGGACUGAUUGUGUGCUCUUUUUACAUGAUUUCUUGUAUGUCCAACAUGUAUGCAAUGUAAAUACAAUAGAGAUGUGCCUUUAGAUUCUUUUUUUUUUUUUUUUUAACUGAAUCCAUUUGGUUGUGAUAUUGUUAUUGGAGAGGGGAUGACAAAAGAAGGGGGUCUUCUGUAUUCUGAUUUUGAGGAUCAUGUGGUUUUGAUACAGUGGGUUGACUUGUAAUAAUAAAGAAAGUACCUGUGAUGGUAGAACCAA